AUUAGCACUCAUUUAUUCUGGGCAGAUCUGAGUUCUUGUAAAUCUUUGUUGAAUUUAUUUUGAAACUAUAAUAUUAAUAGCGUAUAGGUUAAUGGAUACAUAAAUUGGUUGCUUUGGGAAAAAGGCAUGAAGAACAAAUGAGGAUAUUACGUGAUUCAAAGAUGGCGGAAUUCAAAAUUCAAUAUGGUGCGUGACUGGGUUUUAAGUUUAUUUUUCCUUUGGAAUAUUUUCAUCCACCAUCAAGCGACCGCACAAAAUCACGAACAAGUUUUGCAGAUUCACUUUCCGAGUGUUACGAUCGCAGCCCAGAAGAAUGGUUACCUAUCGGCAUCUACAGAAGAUGGCGGAAACAUUCAUAUUAACUCCGGAGGAAACACAACUGGUGUUUAUUUUGAAAAUGUGAACUUGUUCAGAAUUAUCCAAAUUGCCUUGAGUCUUCCUCCUGUGUGGAUAAACCAUACGGACAUUGGAUACUCUGGAAGAUUUGAGGGCGGAAAACAUUUUGAAAUUCCCUUAAAAUUAAUGGUACCUGGAUCCGGAAAUCUGACUUUUGAAAUUGUUGCUGGAUCACUUCCACCUGGAGUGUUCCUUGAUUCAGGAAACCGCCGGGUAUCCGGUAUUGUACCAGAUCACGAUGCUGAGUACACCUUCACUGUAAGAGCUAAAACCGAAUAUGGAAAGUUUGCAGAUGCCAUUUUCCGAUUUGAUUCCUACGAAUCGGACCAAUGUCAAGAAGACCCAUGUCACAAUAAUGGUUUCUGUAACGAUACACGUGAAGGCAUAGGCUACACGUGCAUAUGUAAUGGGCAAUAUGGAGGACUUCAAUGUGAUACAGAUUGUAGAUUAAACAGUCUAGAAAUUAGAAACAUAAAUGUAAUACCGGAUGCUCAGCUAUCAGCAUACUUAUCACGAAAUCAGUCAAUGGCUACGGAGGCAAGAUUUGAUAACGAGGCUUCAUCCGGGUGGUGUGGAGAAAACGCAAACUCUUGGAUACAAGUAGAUUUGGGUGAUAAGGGGAGAAUAUUUGCUGUGACCACUAAGUCUGGGGACAGUAACCGAUUGCUGCAAUCUUUCACUCUGUCUUGUAGUACCGAUGGUACCAGAUUCUCAGACAUUCUGGAUACUAACAAUACAAUAGCUUACGAAUUUUCCAGUGGUAUUGGGGCAUUAACGCAGCCCCUUCCUGACCCGGCCACGUGUCGGUUUGUGAGACUUCAUCCCAAGUCCUACAAAGGUCAUCCGUGUCUGAUGUUUGAACUUCAUGGUUGUGUUCCUUAAAGUAAACUAGUAAUCUGCACGUGACUCAUUCUUUAAAAUAAUUUAACGAAUAAAUCUUUUAAAACAUUA